AUGAGACAAGAUGAAAUCUCAGAUAAAGAAAAAACAUUACUUGGACUAAGUGCAGAACCUAAUAAGUCACAUACUAAAGAAAAACAAAGUAAAACAGUAUCUGCAAAUAUGGAGAUUUGCUAUGACAAGACAGUCAUUUUGACAACUGAUUAUGGUAGAAAGUAG